GUAGGAAGUACGAAUAUCUUGUCCGGAAAUUACGUUAUCUGACCAGGAAGUGUUUACGUUUUGUUGCCCAUGUGUGCUUUGCAACUCUGCUGAAUUGUACUAAAGUUCUGUACAAGAGAUUAUUGCAUUUUAUUACAACUGACACAAUGGGGAAGAAAGGCAAAAAAGAGAAAAAAGUGAAAGGUGCUGAAAAAACAGCAGCAAAAAUGGAGAAGAAGGUUUCCAAGCGCUCCAAGAAAGAAGAGGAAGAUCUAGAGUCUUUGAUUGCUGAAUUCCAGUCACUGGAUGCCAAAAAGACACAGGUGGUUGAGACUGCGUGUUCACCUCCAUCUCAGAGAUUAACUGCAUCACUUUCUGCCCAUCCAGAGAAAGAUGAGCUUAUUUUGUUUGGUGGUGAAUAUUUCAAUGGCCAAAAGACUUUUCUGUACAAUGAAUUAUAUAUUUACAAUAUUAAGAAGAAUUCUUGGACAAAAUUGGAUACUCCGAACCCUCCACCACGACGCUGUGCACAUCAGGCUGUCGUUUUGUCACAGGGAGGAGGACAGUUGUGGAUAUUUGGAGGCGAGUUUGCAUCACCUACUGGUGAACAGUUUUAUCAUUACAAAGAUCUUUGGGUUUUACACUUGACUACAAAGACAUGGGAGCAAGUCAAUGCUGCUGGUGGUCCCUCCGGAAGAAGUGGGCAUCGCAUGGUGGCAUUCAAGAGACAAUUAAUUGUCUUUGGAGGAUUCCACGAGAGCACAAGGGAUUAUGUUUACUAUAAUGACCUGUAUUCCUUCAACCUGGACACAUUCACUUGGACAAAGCUGUCCCCAGCUGGAAUUGCUCCUGCACCUCGAUCUGCUUGUCUAAUGGCAACCACUCCAGAUGGUAACAUAGUCAUAUAUGGUGGCUACUCAAAACAGAGAGUGAAAAAAGAUGUGGAUAAAGGCACUCUUCAUACUGAUAUGUGUCUGCUGAAAUGUGAAGGCAAGGAGGGAGAAGAAAAAUGGUCAUGGAACCGAAUUAACCCUUCUGGUGCAAAACCCACUCCUCGAUCAGGCUUUUCACUGGCAUCUGGCCCCAACAACCGAAUUGUCCUCUUUGGGGGUGUCUGUGAUGAGGAAGAGGAGGAGGCAAUAGAAGGAGACUUUUUCAAUGACAUGUACUUUUAUGAUUUGGUAAAGAACCGCUGGUUCUUGGGUCAGUUAAAGGGCCAGAAGUCUGGAAAGAAGAAACGGAGGAGAGGUAAGAAAAAUGAAACAGGGGCGACUUCUAAUUUGCAAAAUGAACAGGAGAAUCCCCAAGAACCCACCGUGAUAGUCAAAGAGAUCACUGCAGAGGAUGGCACUGUUAUGACUAUUAAGCAGGAGGUUUCAGCAUCUGAAAAAGAAAUGGAAGAUUCUGAAUCUGAAGAGGAGGAGGAGGGGGAGGAGGAUGAAGAGGCUUCUGGUCCACAGAUUGAACCUUGUCCUCGUUCCAAUGCUUUGACUGUGACAAAGCAUGGAGUUCUUUUUGUUUAUGGUGGAAUGUUUGAGGUUGGGGAUCGUCAGUUUACACUGAAUGACCUGUACUGCAUUGACCUACACAAGCUGGAAGAAUGGAAAGUUCUAGUAGAAAUGGAUCCAAAAACACAAGAAUGGCUAGAAGAAUCUGACUCAGAAGGAGAUGAAAAUGGAGGAGCUGAAGGAGGAGAUGAUGAUGAAGAUGAUUCUGAAGAAGAAAGUGAAGAAGAAGAAGAGCAUCCUCCCAUUGAAGAUGGAGAGCAGCUCCCAGAUUACCUGACCCGGACAGAGUCUUAUUGGAUUAAGAUCGCUCAUGACAAUAUGGAACCAAACUCCAAGGAGAAAAAAGUGUUGAAGGUGGCUCAUGCUAUGGCAAAAACUUUCUAUGAGGAAUGUGUUUAGGGAAGUAUUUGUUACUGCUGCUCUCUAGCCAGUAUGGCUAAAAAUUGUUUUCAUCAAAACAAUACAUUCUGGUUGCCAAAGAGAUAUCCACUUAACAGGACCUGAAGAAAAUAAUUCUUUUAUAUUAUUUCCAUUAUUCCUUCAUUUGUGUCACCAGUGAGUUUUCCACCUUUCUGGAGUAAGAGAAUUCACUGGCAAGUGACAUGGUUCAUAGUAUCUACGUGUGGCAGGGCCUUCCCUCUAGUUACACAAGUAACUGAAUUCUAAGAAGAGACUCCGCAUACUCAUCAGAUUGUGCCAGUAACAUCAGUCCUGAAGGUGUAAGGUCUGCAUCUAUAAAUCCAUUGGUUCCUGAAAACUCAUUCAGUAUGUUACUGCUCAAAUGCUGGGAUGUUAUAAUGCACUUGUAAAACUGGUUACAAUAGUAAAAAUACUGUAACAUCCAUUAUUUUAAAAUAAUAUUGUUUCUUCCCUGUUGGGAAUUUGACUGUGUGUGAAAUCUCUGAAAGACUUUUCAGUAAAUAGUUUAGUAUUUGUUUUACUUAUAUGUGCAGACAUUUUUGAAUGUAAUAAUUGCAACUGGCAUGUUUAUGAACUGAUUAUAUGGAAAUUAAAUGUGGAACGCAACCAUUCAGAAUA